AUGUCAAAGGAUUUGGGAGAGAUUAUCCAUUCGGAUAAAGGCCAUUUACUGGAGCUUAUAGAUGAGGAUGUUCAGUCAAUCAACGUAAUUAAAACCAAGCUUCGAGAGCAAUCCAAGGACCCCGUACCGUCUAAAAAGAGGAAAAUGAACGAUUCGACUAGUGUCCUAGAUGGAAUAAAUGAGGAAGAUUUCAGGCAAUAUAACCAGGCUAAAGAUAGAGUGCGAGAAUUCUACAAAGAACAGCAUGAGAAACAGACGAUGGCGUACAAUUUACAGGCAAGAAUUAAUUUCAAGACUAAAGUGCGAGCCAGAAUGACUGUUUGGGAUGCUUUAUGCCAAUUAAGUAAACUCAUAGAUGAAUCGGACCCAGACACAGAACUCUCCCAAAUAGAUCACGCAUUACAAACGGCUGAAGCGAUAAGAAAUGACGGUAAACCUAGAUGGAUGCAGCUCGUUGGGUUAAUACAUGAUUUAGGUAAGAUCCUAUACUUCUUUGAGAGUGAAGGGCAGUGGGAUGUUGUCGGAGACACUUUCCCCAUUGGUUGUGGUUUCGUGAAGGAAAACAUCUUUCCUGAGUUCUUUCAAGGUAAUCCCGAUAAUUCGCAUCCAAUAUAUUCAACUAAACUAGGAAUAUAUGAAGAAAACAGUGGCCUAAAAUCGGUGAUGAUUUCGUGGGGGCAUGAUGAAUAUAUGUAUUAUAUCGCAAAGAAUCAAUCAACUCUGAAUGAGAAGGCUUUGGCUAUGAUUAGAUAUCAUUCCUUCUAUCCAUGGCAUCGAGAAGGCGCAUAUCGAUAUUUGAUGUCAGAAAGCGAUUAUGAAAUCUUGGAAGCUGUACAGGAUUUUAAUCAAUAUGAUCUCUAUUCCAAGGGAUUACAAAAACAUAACCGCGAUGAAUUAAAACCGUAUUACCUUGAAUUGAUCGAUGAGUUCUUUCCUCAAAAACUGGUUGAAUUCUAA